AUGUCUACUGAGACUGCCACAAGUCCGGUGACCGCGCCUGCGGGUGCCGCGUCCGUUGGAAUGCGCAAGAACGCAAAAAAAGCCUUCCGCCCUAAAGCGGGCCUUACCUCUUACGCCAAGCGGGUGGAAGCUCGUAAGCUCAACGAUGCCGUGAAAGAGCGUGAACGCGAAAUGAAGGCCGAGGCUGAGGCUGAGCGUCAGGCCCGUAUCCAGCGCAUCAAGGACCGUAGAGCCGCCAAGGAGGAGAAGGCUCGUUACGAGAAGAUGGCUGAGAAGAUGCACAAGAAGCGGGUCGAGCGCCUCAAGCGUCGCGAGAAGCGCAACAAGCUGCUCAACUCAUGA